CAUUCCCUAUUGUUUUGGGAAUAUUUCUUCACUAUUUCUUUUCUUCUCUUCAGUCAACAUCCAUUGACUUAUUUUCCUCUCUAAAGUCUAAAUUUUGAUUUGUAAAAUCCCCCUUUAUUCUGUGUCUGUUAGUCACAAACAAUAAACAAUUUCUAGUCAAUUUGUAGGCUGCAAAACCCAAAUUUUAGUUUUUUAGCUCUUACCCCUUCUGGGUUUCUAGUUUUUACUGUGAAUUUUGCCCUAAAUCAAGAAUAUUCUUGUUCAAGAUCUUAAUUUGGGCUUAAUUUGUUGCAUACCCACCAAUUUCUGCUUGUUUUUGGUGUAAUUGUAGCUUAAGUUUUAGUGGGUUUCUUAUAUUCUUUCUUGUUUUUCAAGAACUUUUUGUUGAUUGAGUGUUUGUCACUGAUCUGGGUUACUUUGAACUGGGUAUGUUAGGGUUUUAGCAUGGAGCUAAAGAAGGAAAAGAUUGUAAGGUUUCAUUCUGGUGAGAAACUAGACCCUGAUAUUGUAUUGCCAAAGUCAGACCCUAAAAGAUUAGAUAAGUCAUCAUCUACUUAUAAGCUUUCAUCAAUUUACUAUAAUGGAGGUGGGAAUUUAGGGGUUAGUGGUAGAAUAGGAGAAGCAUAUAAGUUUGGUAAGACUAAGGUUUUGCCAGAGGAGGAUGAAGAGUCAUGGAGGAAGAAGAUACUAGAUCCUGGGAGUGAUAUUGUGCUGAGAUGGAACAAGAUUUUCAUUGUUGCAUGCUUGCUGGCGCUUUUCAUCGACCCGCUCUACUUUUACCUGCCUGGGAUAUCUGGAAAUAGUAAGACUUAUUGUGUGAAAACUGAUUUGCAUUUGCAAAUUUUUGUCACCUUGUGUCGGACUGUUGCGGAUCUCUUUUAUCUCUUGCACUUGAUUAUCAAAUUCAGAACAGCUUAUGUUGCUCCUAGUUCUCGGGUUUUUGGAAGGGGCGAGCUUGUGAGAGACCCCAACAUGAUUGCACGGAGGUACUUCAAAUCUGAUUUCUUCGUUGAUGCCAUUGCUACAUUGCCUCUGCCCCAGUUUGUAAUCUGGUUCAUCAUACCUGCAUCGAGAAGUCCAAGAACUGAUCACAACAACAAUGCUCUUGCGCUCAUUGUUUUGCUUCAGUAUAUUCCUCGAUUGUAUCUGAUUUUCCCCCUGAGUUCUGAAAUCAUAAAGGCCACCGGAGUUGUCACAAAGACUGCAUGGGCUGGUGCAGCAUACAAUCUAUUGUUAUAUAUCCUAGCUAGCCAUGUUCUUGGGGCAGCAUGGUAUUUACUUUCAAUUGAGAGGUAUACACACUGUUGGAAGUUCAGCUGCAGACAUGAAAAAGUCCCUCAAAAAUGCGAGCCUCAUUUUUUAGAUUGUAAUAUGGUCAACAAUAUAAAGCGUAUGGCUUGGGCUAACACAACUAGUGUAUUCAGCAACUGUGAUCCAAAACAAAGUAAGAGCUUCACAUAUGGAAUUUUUGAAGAUGCAGUAAAGAAGAAUGUCGUAUCCUCCAAUUUUAUCCGGAAGUACUUCUAUUGUUUAUGGUGGGGCUUGCAGCAAUUAAGCUCAUAUGGGCAGAAUCUAAAUACAAGCACAUUAAUUGGGGAGACUUCAUUUGCCAUACUCAUUGCAAUUUUGGGUCUUGUCUUAUUUGCACAUUUGAUUGGGAAUAUGCAGACUUAUCUCCAAUCCAUCACUGUAAGGCUUGAGGAGUGGAGACUCAAGCGAAGAGAUACUGAAGAGUGGAUGAGGCAUCGACAACUCCCUGAAGAUCUGAGACAGCGUGUCCGACGUUUUGUACAGUAUAAAUGGCUUGCAACUCGAGGUGUGGAUGAAGAAGCAAUCCUGACUAGCUUACCUGUUGACCUACGUAGAGACAUCCAGCGUCACCUGUGCUUAGAUCUUGUUCGAAGGGUUCCUUUCUUCUCACAGAUGGAUGAUCAGCUACUCGAUGCAAUAUGUGAACGUCUUGUAUCUUCAUUAUGUACAGAGGGUACAUAUAUUGUUCGAGAGGGUGAUCCUGUGACAGAGAUGCUUUUCAUCAUUCGAGGUAGAUUGGAGAGUUCCACCACAAAUGGAGGUCGAACUGGAUUUUUUAACUCGAUUAUUUUGAAACCUGGAGACUUUUGUGGUGAAGAGUUGCUUGGUUGGGCUCUUCAUCCAAAAUCCUCUCUCAAUCUUCCUUCUUCAACCAGAACUGUGAGAGCCUUUGUUGAAGUGGAAGCCUUUGCCCUUAGAGCAGAAGAUCUGAAGUUUGUAGCCAAUCAAUUUAGGCGCCUUCACAGCAAGAAACUUCAGCAUACAUUUCGGUUUUACUCUCACCAUUGGAGGACCUGGGCUGCCUGUUUUAUACAAGCUGCUUGGCGGCGGUACCAGAGGAGAAGGACAGCAAAAGGUCUUUCAUCCUUGGAUUCUUUCGCGUCUGAGAGAGAUGAUGACGAUACUAGAGAGUAUGAAUCGUGUGCAACUCCUCGGGCAGUAUCAAGCCUAAAAGUGACAUUUUUGGCUUCAAAAUUUGCAGCAAACACCAGGAGAGGUGCUCAGAAGAUUAAGCUGCAGAAACCGGAAGAGCCUGAUUUUUCUGCUCCUGAUGAUGAUUGAGCACAUACUAUAUAUAUGUAUAGAAAAUCUUAUAAACUUAUGUUCAAAGGCUGAAUGGCGAAAAGAAGCCAUGAGAGCAGAAGCCAAUGUUAAGCCGUACACAAAAUUGCUGGAUAUUUCUCUUGGUCAGCCAUCAUCUGCAUUGUUUUGCAUCUGAAUUACCUGCUGGUGCACACAGGAGAGAGUUGUUCGAGAAUUGCAAUGUGCAACAAAGUGAAGAUUUGGACAAGCAAUUCAUUGAAUUUACUUACAGGAAUUAUGUACUGGGUAGCAAUAUAGUAUUUGAUAAAAUGAAAUUGAAUUUUUUGAACCCGGGAUCGUUCAAUGCCUGACUGCCUGUACUUGUCACGGAAAUAUGACAAUCAUAUAUAGAUGUACUAUACACUAAUAACACGACGAUAUAUAUAGCAUAUCCCUGUUAUUUUCUUUUUGUAUUUUUUAAUGGUUUGCAUACACGAUAAUUGGUUGUA